AUGUACUCGGUUGCCAAGACCAUCGGCCUGCCGGCGACGUUCGUCGAGCUGCGACACCAGGCGACACAUGAGACGCUGCCGUCGCUCGCGAAGCUGCGGUCCGCGGCGCGCAAGGCGCUGGUCUGGAUCUGGGAGUACUACUGGCAGCACCUGGGUCCCGACGAGGAGGACGUCGAGGUUGGGGUCUCGCAGAAGAAGGCCGGCGUCGCUACGGCUGCCGCGGGUCGCGCGGUCGUGGUUGCGUUCCUCGAGGAGAGGGACGAGGCGCGGCGCGCGGAGAUGAAGACGUGGAUCGACGGGCUCGACGAGAGUCGGCUGCUCGCCACGCUGGAGAAGAUUGCAGAGGCGCCGCCGAAUAACGCCGUCAUGCUUGCCGCGCUGCGGCUGUCGAAGGAGAUUUUGCAAAAGGGGCAUGGCGCCCAGGGCACAGAGCAGGAGGACGGGAGGGACUUGGACAAAAUCAAGAAGAGGAUAUCACAGGCGGAGGAUGCUCUCAUGGCGGAGACACAAGACGUCGUGGAGACCUAUGCCAACGACGUCGAAGCCGAGGAGCCUAAGGAGAGUAGUAGCACGGGCUGGGCAAAGUUUGAGGGCACAUGGAAGCCGCGGCCGAUCGGCAUCGCGUGA